AUGCCCGGCAAUGGCCCACCAUCGGAAAGCAACGCGCCGAGCAUGCUGACGUCCACCGAGGCAUCAGCUGCAAACGGCUCGGUCCCAAGUCCGCCAGAACCCUCGGAGGCUUCGAAGGCGGUCAGACCUGUCGAUCUUGUGGCAGAUGCCAUACCUGAGUCGGCACAGGGCCAGCUCAGUGGGGAAGAAGGAGAAGAUGUCCUGCCCGUGGCGCCCAACCCAGUGCCACUGAGCGAGGUGUGUGCAGAUGUGUACGGGAGGGUCGAGAAACUGCUGGAUGCGAGGGAAGUGGACGAGGUCACGAGACGGACACAGCAGCAGGUCAGGGAAAGCAUGGACAUUAUGUCGAAGGCGUUAGACGAGUAUGGCUUCGAGCACCUCUCCCUCUCAUACAACGGCGGCAAGGACUGCCUGGUCCUCCUCCUAAUCUACCUCGCCGUCCUACAUACACACUUCACACGACCCUCCUCCCGGCGGAAAACAGAAGCACAAGACUUCCCAACCUCGAUCCCCUCGAUCUAUGCCACGCCUCCUGAUCCCUUUCCCGCCGUCACAACCUUCGUCAGCGCUUCUUCCUCCGCCUACCACCUCUCACUCAUCCACAUCCGCACAAAUCCUCCGCCACCGGAUCCACAACACACGCACGCGAACCCCAACUCCGCACCACCCCAUCCCCACCUCCCAGGUGUGCCCGUCCGAACCUUCCGCGACGCCUUCGCCCUCUACCUGUCCCACAACCCCACCAUCAACGCCAUCUUCGUCGGCACCCGCCGCACCGAUCCGCACGGGGAGCACCUGACGCCCUUCCAGCGCACCGACGGCAACUGGCCCGAUUUCAUGCGCGUGCAUCCCGUGCUGGACUGGAAAUUGAGCGAGAUAUGGGCAUUUCUGAGGUUUCCGGGGAUGGUCGGUAGUACGGGGUAUUGUGGGAUGUAUGAUGAGGGGUAUACUAGUCUUGGUGGGAGGGGUGAUACCGUGCGCAAUCCGUUGUUGAAGGUGCAGGAGGGGGAGGAUGCGCUUGACGGAGGAGGAGGGUAUAGACCGGCGUGGACGAUGGUUGAGGAUCGGGAGGAGAGGGCUGGGCGGGAGUAG